ACCUUGAUCCACCAUGUCGUCGGAAAGUACUAUCGCAGUGACAGCCAUCUGGACAGACGAUCAAAACACAAUUAAAGGCGACCUCCUAGGCUCAAGCAACACGGUGGCAAUGGCUGUGGGAAUUUUGGGAAAUCACAUCAGCAAACAUAUGACCAAAGUAUACGGCCUCGACCCUCCAUUGAACCCACUCGCUAUGCGAGCGAAGUACUUUCCAGAUGUUAAGCCUUCAGAUAUGCUCAACGUCUGCCGCCCCAAUGGUUUAACAGCAAUAUUCAGUCCUAAUGUCGAGACGACUCGUCGUAUCAAGACCCAAUUAGCCCAAAAGGCACAGGCAAAUCAGAUAUCCGUGGAAACCAAUACAGCGUUGGCCACUAAUACCGCCACAACCUCUCAGUCAAGCACACAAGCAGCCCCAUCUCGCAGAUCCAGGAGAUCUAAGAAACGAAAUGCCGCAUCGGCGGCCAAUCCUGUGUCGACAGCGAAUCCCGCAUCGACGUCCAAUCUCCCUCAGGUGACCAUGGACGACCAGCUCAAGGCGAUGCUAGCCUCGAUGCAAAGCGAGAUUGCGGAGAUGCGGGGAAAGAAUGAGAGGAUUCUCAACGAGAACGAGAGCAUUCGCAACAAGAACGACAGGAUUCUCAAUGAGAACGGGAGGAUUCUCAAUGAGAACGAGAGGAUUCUCGAUGAGAACGGGAGCAUGCGAAAUGAGAUCGAGACCAUUCGCAAUGAGAACGAGACCAUGCGAAAUGAGAUCGAGACCAUUCACAAUGAGAACGAGAAGAUUCUCAACGAAAAUGAGAGCAUUAACAAUGAUCUUGCAAGUGUUCGCAAUGAUCUAAAUGCGGCGAGAGUCAAACAUAGCCAGGACGUUGAAGCACUUAAAGAAGUCACCAUGUUAUUGAUCCCUUUGCAUCUUCGCGUCCUACUCGACCUUGCGCGCAAAAAGGUUUUGGAGCACCUCGGCCACGAGACCUGGGAAGACCUUCGCGCUUCCCGCAGUGUCUAUCAACUUGCAGAUACCAUCUGCAAUGAUCUCAAACGAAAGGGUGUAUCAUAUCCCCCAUCAUCCGAGUCCAUCUUUUUCUUAUGUUCAUAUAAUAACAUCAGGAGGGCAGGAAAUACAGCUGCUCACAGCGCAAAGGAGGACGACAUCAGACAUGCAGUGUUAACGCAGUCGCUGGAGUCCCGUGACCGAAGAUGCUUGGAAAGUUUAUUUGCAUAUGCGUACAACGGGGUGCCAGUCUAGCAGUGAUCAUGACAUUUACUAUACCACCAAUAUUUGUAUACAUGGCUUCAACUCAAAUGCACUUUGCUACGACUUCAGUGAUGAUUUCAUGCACGUACAAAUGUCGUUGAUAGCAGUGUCCGG